UUGUAACUGUGGUAACUCGUCAAUAACAUGUUUGCAGCUACGGACUGAAGUACACAUCGCCCUUCAUAAUUUAUCUUCCAAUAAUGUAUUCUUACCUUUCAACGACAUGUAAAUUUAGUUUUGUUUUUAACGUUUUGUUGAGAAAAUUACAAGAUGGGUGUUGAAGAUAAAUUAAGUCGCAAGAUGGUCUUUCCAUAUACAUUCACUGCAAAAAUAGUUCAGUUCCCUCACAAAUUGCAUUUCCAACAUCAUUGGAUGUACCCUUGGUUCAUUGGUGCUGCCAUCUUAUCUAUGCCAUUAUUUUAUAAGAUUCAACAAGCUGCCAACUGUGAAGCGAAUAUUAAAAUUUGGGCUGAAAAAAGGAGACUUGAAGAGGAACAUCAUAAGCAUAAAUGGGAUUAAGUUAAAAUGUAAAUUUGUAGAAAAUAAAAAAAAUCAUAUUUAAUAUAUAAAUGUCAUUUCUAUUAGUGUUACUGCGAGUUUUUCAAUUAAUGAAAUUAAAAACAUGUUACAAAAAUUAAUUAAUAAAACUUUAAAAUUUCAUUA